AUGCGAUCAAAUAAGUUCAAUGGAAGUAUUCCAUUGAGCUUAUGUGGACUGACAAGUCUACAAAUCUUGGAUCUAUCGCAGAACAGUAUUUUUGGAAACAUACCGCAGUGUCUCAGCAAACUCACUUCUAUGCACUUAGAAAGUCCUCAAGGCACAAAAGGUGAUGUUGAUGGACUUUUCUACAUUUUCAUUAAUCGAGUUCCAAACAAUAUGAUCAAUGGUAGCGGCACAUAUUUGAGCACUUAUGCGAACAAGGCAGAAAUUGCAAAUAAAGGUUUCGUAAUGAAGUUACGUUAUAUUUCUCCAUUCGUAAAGAUCAUGGACCUUUCAGGCAACAAGUUGACCGGAAAAAUUCCUGAGGAAUUAUCCAGUCUUUCGGAAUUGGUUGUACUAAUCUUAUCAAGAAACGACUUGUCUGGAGAACUCCCCCAAGACAUGGGUGAGAUGGGAAAGUUAGAAUCACUUGAUUUAUGUCAAAAUAGACUUUCAGGUAGAAUUCCAAUGAGCAUGUUGAAUAUUUUUUGUUUGGAAUAUCUGAACCUCUCAUAUAACAACUUGUAUGGUAGAAUUCCAUUAGGCGGUCAAUUUGCUACCUUUGAGGCCUCUGCGUACAUUGGAAAUCAGGCACUCUGUGGUCCUCCACUUACAGAGAACUGCCCGAUUGAAGCCACAUCUAAUCGAACUCGACAUGGAGAUGAUGAAUUCAAGAGAUGGUUUAAAGUGGGUAUGGGGAUGGGAUUCUUUAUUGGAUUUUGGGGAAUAUUUGGUAGUUUGUGUCUCAACCGUACUUGGAGACAUGCAUACUUCUUGUUCUUGUACAAAGUAAAAGAUUGGGUCUUGUUGAGGUUGGCACUCUAUACCGCAAGAUUGCAGACGAGUUGUGCAGGGUUACCUGCUGGGCCUGGACUGCUAUUUUCUUCGGUGAACAGAAAUCUGAUUCUUUUCAAGUAUCAGGAGACUAAUAGUAGAGCCGGAAGCAAGUCCUUCCGUUGGAAAUCACACUAG